AUGUAUUUGAAAUAUUCUUUUAAAAUUAUUAGUUUUUUUAUCUUCAUAUUACAAACAAUGCGAAUACAUUCCUACAAGAUAGAAGUUAAAGUAAGCCAAGGAAAGAUAAUAGGCACAAGACAGGCAACUGUUUUUGAAGGAAAACUUUACUAUGCAUUUUAUGGCAUCCCAUAUGCCCAGACUCCUAUUGGAAAACUUAGAUUUAAAAACCCAAAACCUCUUAAGAAAUGGAAGAAACCUUACGACGCAUCGACUGAAUAUCACGGUGCAUGUGCUCAAGCACAUAUCGUUCAUAAACCCGCUUUAUAUGGAUUUGAAAAUUGCCUUAAUAUGAAUAUCUACUCGCCUCAUCUUCCUAAUAAUUUACAUCAAAAAUUAAAACCAGUGAUUGUUUGGAUUCACGGAUAUGCAUUUGCAUCUAGUUUUAGUCACGUAUAUGGAGCUGAUUUCCUUAUAGACAAUGAUAUUUUAUUCAUAAGUGUUACGCAUAGAAUAGGUGUUUUUGGAUUUUUGAAAGUAAACGACACUGAUAUAAAUGUUAAUAUGGGCUUAAAAGAUAUAGUUUUUGCUUUAAAAUGGAUCUCUAAGAAUAUUCACAAUUUUGGAGGUGAUAAAAAUCAAAUAACUGUCAUGGGCAACGGAUCGGCUGCAACUUACCUUUCGUUGCUGUUAAUGACUAAAUUCAAAACAUUAUUUUCGAAAAUGAUUUUACAAAGUGGUGCAAUAUUUUCACCAUCAAUAUUUCAAGGCGAUUAUAAGGUACAGCGAGAAAGAUUUAUGAAGGAAUUGAAAAAGAUAACCUCAAAAGAUGUAUUCACAGCUUCUACUAAAGAUAUCAUUAAUGCGGCAAAAAAGAUUUAUAGUAGUAGAGAAAUCAUGGAUUUCCAAAGAUCGGUUGUUCCAUUUACUCCAAUAAUUGAAAAGCAAUCAAAUAAAUCUUUGUUAACUAAAAGGCCUAUAGAAUUUUAUAAUACUGUUAAGAAAUUAAAUAUUUCUAUACUAAUUGGCUUUAAUAGUCAGGAAAGUAUAUCAGAAGUAAUUCCAUUUUUGCAUAACCCUCGAUAUUUGAAAGCCUUUGCUACCUAUUUUAAAUUUAUGGUUCCCUUCUCGGAUGGAUGCAGUUAUAGUUAUUCAUCAGACAUAUAUAAUGAAAUAGCUAUGAAAAUAAAAAACAAAUAUUUCGAGGAUGAAAUUUCCGAAAAUUCUAUUCACAAAUUUUUACGAUAUGCAUCCGAUCUCCACAUUCACCCAGUAAUAAAAUUCAUAAAAACACAGUUGAGAAUAAAAGAAGGUAAUAUGUAUGUAUAUAAAUUCAAUUACGUAGGUAAAUUUAAUGCAAUGAAGGCCACAUCGAUAUCUCAAACAAAUAUACAUGUAAAAGGUGCGUCCAGCGGUGAUGAAAUAUGUUAUAUAUUGAAGUGUGAACCAUAUUGGGAAAAUUAUGUAAAGCUGAAUCGCAACUUUUACGACCGAGAUAGAUUGUUCAUAAAGUACAUAGCGAGGAUGUGGGCGAAUUUCGCAAAGACCGGUAAACCUACGCCACUUAGUCAAUCAGAAAAUGUCACAUGGCCACAAAUGACUGUGGAAAAUGACAAAAUGCUCCUUAUUAGUAAACAGAGUAAAGUAAUUAAUACAGUAUUAGAAAAUAGAAUGUUUUUAUUUUGGGAAGACUUAUAUAAUAAGUAUUUUAAGAAUGAAUAUUGUACACCGAAUAUUCGUGAUGAGUUAUAGGUAUUAAGGAUUAUAUCGUACCUGAC